AUGAGAUUUUCCCUUCUCCUGCUCCUCCUCCUCUCGCUCCCUCUGUUGCCGCAAGCCAAAUCUGAAACCAUUAGAUCACCGACGAGAAGUGGAUCACAUGCGAGAGGCAGAGCAGCGCAAGAGGAGCAGUCGCAAUGGGAGUUCUCGUCGCCGUCGACGGAAGGGAGGAAGAGGAAGAAGAAGGGUCCGGAGCUCUCAGCGCGACUGCAGGAAGCGUUCGGCUCUCGUCCUGUCUGGUCUUCCCUCGCUCUUCGCAAUGUCCUCGCGAGCAGCCGUGAGGCCAUUCGCCAGGCCCUUCCGGGCGUCGCUUACCGGAUGCGAGACGGUCCGUUCAAGUCGUUAUGGGUGAGGAGAGGGUUCGAUCCCUCCUCUGAGCCAUCCUCUUUCAUGUAUCAGAUGUAUCCUCUCCAGCUCCAACGCUUCGAGCAGCAGGUGGCAAGCAAGCUGCUGGGCAACAAGCCGAGGAGAAGCGACCACCGGCUGCUGGAGGUUCCUUGGCGAGCUGUCACGAUGGAACGACUCUUGCUCAACGCUUCCUCCUCUUGCCGCUACUUCGAUGAAGAGCGAGGAUGGCUUACCGACGAGGCGUGGGCUCAGAUCAAGGCGAUCAUCGAGACGCGCAAGUUCGAGCUCCUGCGCGUCUGCUCCCCUCUUGUCGCCUCCCCACGAGUUUCUCCGAUGAGGAAGCGAAGUCAGCAGGCCAUCCCCUCCUCCCCUGCCAAGAGGACCUUGAGCUCUCCAGCCUCACCUAGAGGGAGGACCCUCGCCUCACCUUCGCCCUCCCUUCCUCUGCUGCGAGCCCUGGGGUGA